UCGACGGCCCGCCUGAACGCACCUCAACGCGCACCGAGCCCGAACGGACUUCAGAAACACAACUGUACGAUCAGAUACUGGGCCGAGGUGAAAGCAGCCGCUUGGAUUUUUGUUCCGUGUUGGUUGGACUCUGUUGAUGCGCGCUCUCUGCUGUCACUGACAUUUGUUGGUUCCCAGAGCUUGUCUGUGAUCAGCUGGUAAGCUCGCACGUUUUCUCUACGACUUUAUGUCUACAAAGAUGGAACAGCCUUUUUACCAUGACGACUCCUUUCUGUCGCAUUACGGCCACUCAGAUGCAGCAGUGAACGACUACAAACUGCUAAAGCAGAAUAUGAAUUUGAACUUGACAGACUCGUACCGCAGCCUGAAAUCGCAGCUGAGAGCCGAGGCGGACCCGUACCACGGCGGCCAGCAGGACGUGGGCUCCCUGAAGCUCGCCUCCCCAGAGCUGGAGAGGCUCAUCAUCCAGAACGGUAACGGUGUGAUCACCACUCCCACCCCGGGACAGUACUUCUACAACCGGGGAAUCACCGAUGAGCAGGAGGGCUUCGCCGAGGGCUUCGUCAAAGCCCUGGACGAGCUGCACAAGAUGAACCAGAUGCCCCCCCCGAACGUGUCCAUCGGAGCCGGUGGAGUUACUACAUGUUCGCCGGCGGCCUCUAGCGUCUUCGGCUCCGCCUUGCAGCCGGAGCCUCCCAUCUACACCACACUGAACGCUUACUGCCCCAACUCGAGCGCCUCCUCCGCGUCCAGCUACCCCUCCGCCACCAUCAGCUACCUGCCGCCGCACCCGCAGAGCCACCCGCAGACCUCGACGCACGGCACGCACCCGUUCCAGCACUCCCUGCCCGGCUCGGGACUGCACCCGCAACGGCUGGUCGCCCUGAAAGAGGAGCCUCAGACCGUGCCCGACCUGCUCAGCAGCGACGGCUCCCCUCCGAUGUCCCCCAUCGACCUGGAGACGCAGGAGAGGAUCAAGGCGGAGCGCAAGAGGCUGCGGAACCGGCUGGCGGCCACCAAGUGCCGGAGGCGCAAGCUGGAGCGCAUCGCGCGGCUGGAGGAGAAGGUGAAAGUUCUGAAGAACGACAACGCGGGCCUCUCCAACACCGCGUCGGUGCUGCGAGACCAGGUCGCGCAGCUCAAGCAGAAGGUGCUGACACACGUGAGCAGCGGCUGUCAGCUGAUGCUGACGAGCAAGAUGGAAGCGUUUUAGGAGCAAACACUCAGAACUGACAAUAAAGUGAUAACACUGGACACGUGCACGCGCAGCACUGGACUAGCGGCUGGUGUGGGUCAGCACCACCGAGCCGAGGGCUGUGUAGAGACGGCUCCGUGGGGACGGAUGAAUGGUACUGCCGGAUGCUGGACACCGCUCAAAGGACCAUUGAUCCCUGAACCAGAGCAGCACAGCGGGCUCCGGCCCGCGUGUCGGCUUCACUAAUGCUAUCAAACGGGGAUAAAGAUGAUGAAUAUUGUACUUUUUGCUACUUGUCAUGCGAUGCUGCAGUUUAUUCAUGGUGUAAAUUAUUUUGUUUGCCCGGUUGAUCCAGACAAACUGACGAUGUCAAAUGUUUACAAUGUCUUUUUUUAUUUGUGAUGUGUAUUUAAGUAAAGUAUCUUAAAAUGAAA